GUGAAACAAGAACGAAGAAAAGGACGAUGCUUUUUAUCGUGACCCUGGCGAGUGGGGUUAAGUGUACGAUUAAGACUUAAGACUCGGAAUGUGGUCAAAGGACAAGGCAGCUUCCUUGUUUUAGAUCGCUGUGUUGCUCAAUACCACUCACACUUCAAAUGAAAACUCUUUGACACCUAAAUCCUUAAAUGUCACCACUUUUGUCUUAGCCUCACCUUCUCCACUCCCUUUCACUGCCUGCUUCCUUUGUUUUCUCUGCUCAUUAAGGUUACUUGUCAUUUCUAUUUGGAGACGAAAAUCAGGGGUUUUCAAAAGUGAAACAUGAUAAAACGGUUUCCAAGUAGGAAUCAUAGGUCCAAAGGUAUCAAGGUAAAACAUGUUUUGCAAAUUAUUCUGUUGCUUGGGGUUUGCUUCUGGUUGAUCUACCAGGUUAAGCACAAUCAUGAUAAGAAGAAGGAAUUUGACAAGAAGGAUGCAAAACUGUCGGUCAGUGCAGAGACAAAUCAGAUCCUGAAGCUUGGUAGAAGAGACCUCCAUCCAGUUAAGCAUGACCACACAAAACCUGAGGAAGAAGAGGAAGAUGAACAUAUUGAAGAGGAUGAAGAAAAUAAACAUGGCCAAGAAGAACAAGAAGAUGGAAGCAGGCAUGAAACUGAAGAACACGAAGAUAACAAGCAUGACAGUGGAGAACAAGGGGAAGAAGAAAAUAAGCAUGGAGCAGAAGAACAGGAGGAAGACGAAAACAAAAAUGAAGACAUGGAAGAUGAAGGAAGAGGGGGAGGAGAUGACGAGAUAGAUGAAAAUGAUCAGGAGAAGCCACAGGUGGAUACCACUGACCGUGAUGAUGAGUUCUUGGAUGAAGAGAAAGAGAAAGAGGUUGAUGAAAAGGAGGAUGAGGAUAAGGAGGGUUUAGUUGAAAACCACAACAAUCAUGAGGCUAGGGAGGAACAUUACAAGGGGGAUGAUGCUUCUAGCGCUGUGGCGCAUGAUACUCAUGCAACUAGCACUGAAACUGAGACACUUAGCUUGGAAAACUCUGAUGUAAACAUGGAAAUGAAUAUCACAAAACCUGAAAAUGAGGCAACUUAUUCAGAUGAAAGUGUCAGGAAUCAAAAUGAUUCAGGUUUGAAGGUUUCAGAAGGGGACACAAUAGACAGGAUUUCUUCAAAUGUAACUACUGAAGUGACUGGAAAUAACACUUUGUUCAACCCUGUGGAUGAUAGCCCAAAUCUUAAUAAAAAAGCCACAAUAAACUCCGACAACCACUUGGAAGUAACUAGUAACCUGACAGUAACAACCACUGAAGCAAGCAAUAAUGAGACUGGAGCUGGUAAAGACACAUCAAGUUUAUCUGAACAAAACAAAACAGUGAUGUCUGAAUCCGACCAAGCUCAAAAUACCACAAAGAACACAACGAUCCCUGGAGAUGUAAAAAAUGUGCAAACAGAUGGAUUAGAGCAAAGUGGCGAUAGAAUUUCUGAAGAAAACCUGCAUAAUACAAAUUUAACUGUUAAAACUGAAAAUGGAGAAGCAGCUUCAGGAGAAUCAUCUAAUCUUGAGGGUGGUGAAUUAGAGAAGACAAACAGAUUUGUAGCUUCAAAUGGAACUGAGAACACUUAUACAAAUGAGAGGUCCGAUACCUCUGAAGGUGACAAGUCCAAAGGUAACACUGAAAAAAAUGAAACUCAGAAUGUUGAUGGCACGGAGGAUGAGAUGUUCAAAGGUGACAUUCAAACAGGUGAAACUGAUGAAACAUCAGACUCUUUCUCUGCCAAUGAAACUUUGGAUUCAGCUGAACAAGAUGCCAUUGAUUCUUCUGAUACUCAUAUCCAUGAGGAUGUGACCGAGGCUCGUACAGACCUUGACACAUUGCCAGAUAUAAGAAAUGAAGGAGAUGAUAGUGAUGAAACUGUUGCAGAGUAAAGUGGAAAAAAAAGGUUGUUGGGUUCUUGAAAAGGGCUCUUUCAGUUUUUCUUCUGACCCGGGUGCUUGCACGGCAGAUCCACCUAGUUGUUAGAACAUGUUUAGCUUGACUCAAAAAUGUGUCAAGACAAGAUCUUUAAAGGUACAAACAUAGUUUAGUGGAUAUUUUUACUGAUUGUAUCAAUGUCUGGGGUAUGUAUAAUUUAUUGCUACAUUUCACUAUCAACUACUUUUGUUCCCCUUAUUUUUGUGUGAACUACGUUCUUUACUAUUCUCUACUUACUGGAGUGGAGUGCUAAUAAGGUGAAAUAUCAAUUGACUGAAAAUGAUGAAAUCUUCUGUAAUCUGUAGUGGAAUACCUCCUCCGUCUUAUCU